AUGCAGAUUAAGAAAAUGUACAGUAUCAUUAAGCCUCAGGGUCCUAAAGUUCCUUGGAAGAGAAUUACUUGCAAUAAUCAAGCUUCACCAAAGAGCACUUUUAUCUCUUGGCUUGCUAUUUUGGACAGAUUGGUCACUGAGAACAGAUUAUUAGUCUGGCAGAUCCCUUGUGACCCUUGUUUCUUUUUCUGUGCUGGUGCUAAUGAAAUUGUGAACCAUUUGUUCUUUGAUUGCAGUUACUCAAAGGUGAUCUGGUCUUCAAUGAUACAUGUUCUCGGUUUCACUAGACAUGUGCUUAGCUUUGCUUAUGAGCUGCAGUGGAUUGUAAAAUAUUGCAGGAAAACUGAUGCCAAGAGAAGACUGAUUAUGAUGUGUUUUUCUGAAACUGACUAUAAUGUGUGGCUUUAG